UCGCAAGCUGCUGACGUGGGCCGGCCGGGAAGGGGGCCGGGAGGGGGGUGUGGGUCGCCAUGGCGGUGGAUAUCACGCUGCUGUUCCGGGCCAGCGUCAAGACGGUGAAGACGCGCAACAAAGCGCUAGGAGUGGCGGUGGGCGGCGGCGGCGGGGUCGAUGGCAGCCGCGACGAGCUGUUCCGCCGGAGCCCCCGGCCCAAGGGCGACUUCUCCAGCCGGGCGCGGGAAGUGAUUUCACACAUUGGCAAACUGAGAGAUUUUCUUCUGGAACACAGGAAAGAUUAUAUUAAUGCUUAUAGCCAUAUCAUGUCUGAAUAUGGAAGGAUGACAGACACAGAGCGAGACCAGAUAGACCAGGAUGCUCAGACGUUCAUGAGGACCUGCUCUGAAGCAAUUCAGCAACUGAGAACACAAGCCCACAAGGAGAUACACUCCCAGCAAGUGAAGGAGCACAGGAGUGCAGUUCUGGAUUUCAUCGAGGAUUACUUAAAAAGAGUAUGUAAACUUUACUCAGAACAAAGAGCCAUCCGAGUUAAACGAGUGGUGGAUAAGAAAAGACUAUCUAAGUUGGAACCAGAACCACAUACAAAGACAAGAGAAUCCACGUCUUCUGAGAAAGUUUCACAGAACCCUUCACAAGAGUCUGAAGAAAAACCUGUCACUGAAGAAUGUCCAGAAAAGAUUCCGGCAGAAUCACAACCUGAAUUAGGUACCUGGGGAGAUGGCAAAGGUGAUGAUGAAUUAUCCCCAGAAGAAAUACAAAUGUUUGAACAAGAAAACCAGCGCCUAAUUGGCGAAAUGAACAGCCUGUUUGAUGAAGUAAGGCAAAUCGAAGGGAGAGUGGUUGAAAUUUCCAGGCUCCAAGAGAUAUUCACAGAGAAGGUUUUACAGCAGGAGGCCGAGAUCGACAGCAUUCACCAGUUAGUUGUAGGGGCAACUGAGAAUAUCAAGGAAGGUAAUGAAGACAUCAGAGAGGCCAUUAAAAACAACGCUGGCUUCCGAGUGUGGGUCCUCUUCUUCCUGGUGAUGUGCUCCUUCUCCUUGCUCUUCCUGGACUGGUAUGACAGCUAGUCCACUCUGGCUGUUCCCGGCAGGCGGCGCGCUGUUGUGGGCUCCGGCAUCAGAGCAGGGCUGUGAGCCGAUUUAUCACAGAGCCAUUUGGGGGGAGGGGGCUGUGACAGAUGUAUACUCUCACAAAAGGGACACCCAGACCUGUGGUUUUAAGCCCAUUUAGUAGCUGAGAAAGAAAAUAAUGAACACAAACUGAAAGUGACCUGUGUAGCAAUCCUGAUGCAAGGUGGGUGAGUUGGUGGGGGGUGGGGAUUGUUACUGCCUGCACCUAAAUUGGAGACCAAUGUGGAAGGGCUGACCAGAGGCCGGGCUCUGGGAGGCUCCAGCCCUGCCCUUCUGGUGGCUUCGGGAGAAGCACUGGUUAAUAACUUCUCACAACAGAUGAUCAUUUCUUUGUUUCCUGUGACUUCUCGUCUGCCUGGGCCAUGUGACAGAAUCACUAUGUUAUAGAAAACACACCUGUGCCCUGUUGACCUAAUAAAUGCAACUAUAGCUGCUUCAUGUCCUGUCGGCGGGUCCGAGUGUAGUUCAGUGGACGCCGGCCUGCUGGCUGCAGAAGAAGUGCAGGGAUAGACUCUGGGCAUUCAGCAAGGGGCCACUGCGCCCCUGGGAGCUUUUAGCCGGAGCAGGAACCUGGCCUAUGCACCUGACCCUCUAGGAAACAUGAACAGGACUGACCACCUGUUGGCAGUGGGAAGCACAAGUCUUCUGGAACCACGUCUGUGCAGGAAACAAGCUGGUGUUCAUGCCCACCCCCACCCCCCGGUGUGGGUGCGGACAGCUCUGCGUUGCUCCCUGCAGAACUGUGUGUGGUACAGUCUGUCACGCAGCCACAGGGAGGGGUCCUGUGUUCCUUAUUGGCACAGAGUGAAAAUGUCAAAAGUUAACAUGUGAAUUUACAGUCAAUAAAAUGUCUACUAGAAAGUACAA